GCAUGUCGAGGCGUUUUACUUGAAGAUUAAAAGAUUCAACAUAGAUAGGAAUGAAACCAUUUGCUUAUUUAUUAGUAUGCAAUGUUGAAUCUGAAAACAAACAAUAAAUACAACAGUUCAAUGUUCAUUACUCUCUACUUUAUUAAUGUAGCUAGCUAGGGAGCUAAAUGCUAUUUUUUUUUAAAUUCAUGCAUUUUAUCAGAUCAGCUGUUAUCCAACUAUGCGCCAUCAGCAUUUUCAAGAAAUCGUUAACAGGAGAGUAAAUUUUAAAGGCCUAAAAACUGAAAUAUUCAAAUGCUAAAAUGUGUUUAUUGCUGAAUUGAAUAAUAAUUCAUUAAAAUCAAACUUGUUUAAAAGGUAUUAUAUUCGAAUCAUGUUCAUACAUAACAAGAUUUGUAUCCUGGAAUUUCCAGAAUUUGCUAGAUCAGUAUUGAAAAUAUACAGUUAAAGUUUUUACUAUUAUUUUAGAAUACUAUAUAUAUGUAAAAAUUAUUAUUUUUAAUUUUUUAUAUAUUAAGUUGUAUUUUAACAUUGCAAGUUAGUUACAAUAAUAAUUGAGAAUUAGAUACUCAAUGAUUUGUUUACCCCAUUAUUCUCCCUUUUCAAGGUCGACUUCAAAUUUUAGAAUCUUCCGGGCUAAUGACGAAAUCUUCAAGCCGCAGGGCUUUUUGUUUUCUAUUUGAAGUGUUUAUACGGGGCUGCGAUAUUUAUGAGAAUGUUUCGUUUCUGUUAUCAAUGUCUAAAACGUCUGUAUACGAGGUUGUUUUUUGUUCCCGUUUAAACCUAUUUCAGGGUUCGCAAAGCCCGUUUUAGCGAAAGUUUCUGGGGCGCCAGGCCCUGCUUGGGGGGCUUACAGCACCCCCCAAGACCCCCAGCUGUAUAUUCAAAUUUUCUUAGUAGGUCAUGAUGCUGCGCAUUUAUAAAUAAUUUUCUCAAUUAUGAGUUUGGGUCUAGGCAAACUGUUCCUUUAAUAUUUUGGAUUGAAAUAUUGCGGUAGACAUACAAUAAUACACCGAAACUAUUUAAGUUUUUAUUUUCUAUUUAAUGAGUUGAUAGCUGUUGACUUCUUAUAUUUUGUGUAAACUUGGGAAUAGAAGGGUUGCUGUGUACAAUACACUAAACAGCUGAUUUUGGUAGGACGUGUUACAAACCGUACGUGUGAAAAUUUGGUAGUAACCUAUUUUGUAUGACUUGGCGAAAUAUGUUGGAUUUUUUUUAUGUCUGAUAUACUAUUUUCCCUGAUGUACUUCUGGCAUAGCAAAGCAAGUAAAUAGUUUUAGCAUAUUUAGCUUUUACAUAACGAUUGGUAGAAACCUUCGAUUUUGUUGGACAUUUUGCAUUUUUAUUUUAUUUUUUUAUUCACAUUUUCUUGCACCUGCUUAUAUUUAUAGAUGUUUUGUUUCACCGGGUAUAAAUAUAGAAUAAUACAGAUUGUGAGUUUUAAAAAUUCAAAUUACUUUGUUGUAUGUUUUUGUGUCGUCUGUCUGUUCGUCCGCGAAAGACGCGUCCUGUUACGGAAACACGAAUUUUUUUAAAAUACGCACGAAAUACCAAAUGCGAUAUAUUUUUAGCGACUUUGGUUUGACCGCUCGCACGUACUAUGUCAAUCACGAUGCCUGAUUCUUUAAAAAACAAUCCAAGAUUUUUGCUUAAUCUUAUGCUUAUCUCUCCAACAGACAACUCACGACAGAAGAAACAAACCUUCUAUCAAAAGGAAUGGAUUUCUGCAUGACACCAGAAGAAAUAGUUGCGAAAGUGGAAGAGGCAAUUAAAGAUCUACCAAAAGAAGAGGCAGACACAGUAAGAGCUAAAGUAAGCCUAACGCUACAGAAAAGCAAAACACCAAAAGACAAUUUGCAAAAAUCUGAAAGACUGUCACUGAAGAAUCUAAAGAAGGACAAAGAUAUCAUAAUCCUACCGGCAGACAAGGGGAGAACAACGGUUAUCAUGAAUACUCUAGACUACAUCAACAAGUGCAACGAACACAUCAACAAAGGCCCUUACAAACUUCUCAAGAAAGAUCCCACAGAAGUCAUCAAACGAGAAGCGAAUACAUCGAAGAGAAAAGAAUACAUCGACGAUAAGCAGUAUUACCGACUGAAACCUUGUGACGGACCACCACCGCGAUUUUACGGACUACCAAAAAUUCAUAAACAGGGAAAUCCAAUUCGACCAAUAGUCUCCUGCACUGGAACACCGUUAUACAACCUAUCAAAAUUUGUUGCUUCUAUCCUCAGCAAAUUCACAGCAAGUGACCACAGCAAAAACUCAAAAGAAUUUUCGGAAUACACCAGAGAAAUAAAGAUAGCGGACGACGAAUGCAUGAUAUCAUUUGAUGUCACACCACUCUACACAAAUGUUCCCAUAAAAGACACCUUAAACAUCAUUAAAGACCUUAUCGAAAACGACGCUGCAUUCGGUGAAAAGAUUCCAGUACCGGAUUUUCUGUGUUUGGUCGAACUUGUUCUAACCAAAACAUGGUAUCUGUUUAAUAAGAACUUCUACACUCAAACAGACGGAGUUGCCAUGGGAGGCCCUGCAUCAUCAGUAGUCGCAGAAAUAUAAAUGCAAG